CCGAGGCCCCCGCCGAGAAGCUGCCCCCCACCUCCGACAAGUACGUCGGUGCCAAGAUCACCGACGAGUUCACCGGCGCCGGCUCCAUCGGCCAGGUCUGCCAGGUCAUCGGCGCCGUCGUCGACGUGCGCUUCGACGAGGGCCUCCCGCCCAUCCUCACCGCGCUCGAGGUGCUCGACAACAGCAUCCGCCUCGUGCUCGAGGUGGCGCAGCAUCUCGGCGAGAACGUCGUGCGCACCAUCGCCAUGGACGGGACCGAGGGGCUCGUGCGCGGCCAGAAAGUCCUCAACACCGGAUCCCCCAUCACUGUGCCUGUUGGGAGGGCCACCCUUGGACGUAUCAUUAACGUUAUUGGUGAGCCAAUUGACCACAAGGGUGACAUAAAGACACACGACUUCCUUCCUAUUCAUCGUGAGGCCCCUGCUUUUGUUGAGCAAGCCACAGAGCAGCAAAUUCUUGUUACUGGAAUUAAGGUCGUGGAUUUGCUUGCACCUUACCAAAGGGGUGGCAAAAUUGGUCUCUUCGGUGGUGCAGGAGUGGGUAAAACUGUUCUUAUUAUGGAGUUGAUCAACAAUGUUGCCAAGGCCCAUGGUGGUUUCUCUGUUUUCGCUGGUGUCGGAGAACGUACCCGUGAAGGUAAUGACUUGUACAGGGAAAUGAUUGAAAGUGGUGUCAUUAAGCUUGAUGAGAAGCAGGCUGAGAGCAAGUGUGCUCUUGUCUACGGGCAAAUGAACGAGCCCCCGGGUGCUCGUGCUCGUGUUGGUCUGACUGGUUUGACUGUUGCUGAACAUUUCCGUGACGCUGAAGGACAAGAUGUGCUCUUGUUUAUUGACAACAUUUUCCGUUUCACCCAGGCAAACUCUGAGGUGUCUGCUCUCCUUGGACGUAUUCCAUCUGCUGUGGGAUACCAACCAACUCUUGCCACCGAUCUUGGAGGACUGCAAGAGCGGAUUACGACGACAAAGAAGGGUUCUAUUACAUCUGUCCAGGCUAUUUAUGUGCCUGCUGAUGAUUUGACGGAUCCUGCUCCUGCUACCACCUUUGCCCAUCUUGACGCUACUACUGUGUUGUCACGACAGAUUUCUGAGCUGGGCAUUUACCCUGCUGUCGAUCCUUUGGACUCGACAUCAAGAAUGCUUUCUCCCCACGUUCUGGGUGUGGAUCACUACAACACUGCCCGUGGUGUCCAGAAGGUUCUUCAGAACUACAAGAAUCUUCAGGAUAUCAUUGCCAUUUUGGGUAUGGAUGAGCUCAGUGAAGAUGAUAAGAUGACGGUUGCUCGUGCAAGGAAGAUCCAGAAGUUCCUGAGCCAGCCUUUCCACGUUGCUGAAGUUUUCACUGGUGCUCCAGGGAAGUACGUGGAUCUUAAGGAGGGUGUUCAAAGUUUCCAGGGUGUUUUGGACGGCAAGUACGACGACAUCUCGGAGCAUGCGUUCUACAUGGUUGGAGGCAUCGAUGAAGUCAUCGCCAAGGCAGAGAAGAUCGCCAGCGAGAAUGCUUGAUGACAAGGUGUUGCCACCGCCCUGUACAAGUUAAUUUUUUUGGGAUUUCAGCUGUUCGCCCGAGACUUGCUCACGAGCAGGAGUGUGCCAGCUCCUGCUGAGGGAUCCUUGUUUUUGUUCGUUUUUACUCCAAUUUACCCGUAAUAAGCAACUGCAGUGACAUUGGUUUAGUCUGCACAACAGCAACACUACUCUUGGCUUGGAAAACACUUGUGCCCUUUGUAAUGCAGAUCCGACAGAUCAUGAAUUGGUUUAGUUUAUUGUUGUUGGCGAA